ACAUAUCACUUCUAUUAAAUAAUUUGUUGCAUGUUUCUAACUAGGUUCAAAAUCAAUGUAAUGAAAUUUUUGAUCCUGGUUUGCAAUCACUUUCUUGGGGUCCUUCAAACAAAGCAACAAGUUAUCUAAUUUAUAAAGUAAAUGGAUAUACAUUUCAUACCCUUGCAAGGUCAAAAGGAAAAAAAAAUUGAUAACACCGGUGUGUUUGUUAAAGGUGAUAUAGGCAGUGGGGAAAGUGAUUGGUUUGGAGUAUUAGAAGAUAUACUCGAGUUUGAAUACACUGGUAGUGACUCUAAUCGAGUUGUUUUGUUCAAAUGUCAAUGGUAUGAUCCAAGUCGUCCAAAUGGAACACGUAUUUAUAAUGACUACAAAAUAACUGAAGUCAACCAUAGUAAAAGAUAUCGCCACUAUGAUCCUUUCAUUGUCGUCCAAAAAGCUAAACAAGUUUACUUCUUACCUUAUCCUGGAAAUUGCAAGUCUAUGUGGCAUGUUGUUGUAAACACUAAACCAAGAGGUCGAAUUGAAAUCAAUCAUGUACAUGUAGAGGAGGAUGAGGAAGAGAAUGAUGUAGCUUAUCAAGCGGAUGAGAGCAAUCCUUCUAGGAUUUCUGACACCGAGCCUUCUAUCAGUCUUAAGUCUCCAUUUGGAGAGGACCGCAUUGUCGAAUUGUCCAUCGGCUCUAGUUCUGGGGCUAAUAAAAAUGAAGAUGAUGAUGUUGCAGACUUUGAUGAUGAUAUUGAUUUUUAAUAGGUGGCAGUAGUGAAGGAAAUUCAUUGGGAAGGUAAAGGGUAGCAGUGCACGAAUGAGGUGAGCCCCUUCUCUCACUCUCUCACUCUCUCACUCUCUGUGUGCCCCGCGUGCUCUCUGCUGCUUCAACUCCAAAUCUGCAUCCUUUCUAGUCAUGGCUCCUCGGGUCAAGGGUAAAGGUGUCAAGGGUCAUAGAAGUUCUCGCACCACUGUCGCAGCCACUAUUUCAACCACCUCCACCUCUUCUGGGACUUCGGUUGUGCCAGAUUUUCAAUCAGGAUCACUUAGCCAGCAACCGUAUUUGAGGGUACCUAAUCCAGGCUACACAGGUCUUCCUCCACCAAGUUGGCCUACUCCAGGAUGUAUGGAUCCCCCUCCUCCACCCCCUCCUCCAAUUUCGAUUCCUCCUCCGCUUCGCAAUUCCAAUCUAUUAGUUGAUUCAGAGACACCUGGAAGCUCUAGUACAUCUCCUCCAUCAGAGACUGCAUCGGUUCCUAAUAGUGUCACAAAAGAAAGAUUGGUUCCUGAUGGAAAAAUAAGUUGGUUACCUUUCCCUCCUGGUUCUCAGAAGAUUACAGAUAUCAUCAAGAAACGAUAUGAUAAACCGUACAAAAAGUUUGGAGAUGUCCCUCUUCCGACAAAGAAGCUUUGGUUUAAGGAGUGGAAGAGCCACUUUCUUAUUGAUGAUGAUGAUGAUGAGUUUUUCUGGAGGGCUUUCAAGUAUAGGACAAGUAAGCGAUUUAGCCAAAUGAUGUCUGAUAUCCGUGAGGGUGUGGAUACAACCCACGAAUGGCUAAUUCCUGCUUACAAAAAGGUGUUGGAAAGGUACUGGAAAACAGAUGAGAAAUGAAAAAAUAUAAGGAAAAAAGCAAGGGAGAAUCGAGCGUCACUCUUAGGUGGUUCUGUCCAUUGCGGUGGUUCUAUUCCAUUGAGCUCAACUAUAGAGAGGAUGAAGAAGCAGUUGGGCCGUACACCAACCCACGAGGAGGUCUUCAAAGAAACCCACACACUUAAAAGUGACAAGUCUAAAUGGGUGGACAAGCGCUCUCAAGACACUCAUGAGAAGUUUAUAAAAAAGUUAGCAGAAGUUCAGGCCCAACAUGCCGAAGCUCAAGCACAAGGAAUGAAGCUACAACCAAUUGAUGAAGAUUUGAUUUGGGAGGAAGUGUGUGGUGGGCAAAAGAAGAAUCGAGUUUACGAAAAAGGUUCAUUCUUUUCUAACUCUAUCAAGUCUGGAACCACUUUUGUCAAUUCUGUAUCUGGAAGAGCACCAAGAAAUCAAAAUUCUAUUCCUGAUUUGCGAGAACAGAUUCAUAAUCUCAAUGAAGAGCUUUUUCAGCGUGUUACUCAACAAACAGAUGAGCGUAUUAGUAAGUUGUUAGAUACACGCUUGGCUCCUUUGGAAAAGACUC